CCAGUCUUCCAAUAAUUCCAAUAAUUCCAAUAAUCAUUUUUGCAAUUAUUACUGUUGGAAUUGCGUUUUUUCCGGUUGCCUGUGUUUGCCUAUUGAUUGCCGUAAUUGCUUACUUUGGUUAUCUUGUUAUCAGGAUUCUGAAAAGCUUUGUUAUACACUUUUUCAAUAUGGCAACGAUUACCGAUUUGGGAUCUAAAGCCUCUUUCCGCAUUCAGGUUUACAAAAAAAAUGAAAAUGAUUUAUCUAUGAAUGGUUCAAUUUCUAUGCAAUCCAAAUUUGAUGAGAUCCGCACUAAAAUCGAACAAAAGCUGGAGGGAAAUUAUUCAGGCAUUGUAAAGAUCAAUUUUCCUGCUGGAGAACUUGGUGACCUUAAAAGUGAUGGUGGAGAAAAGGAAAGAGUCCAUGUGAAACUCCUUUUUUCGUUUGAGAACCAAAAUCAAACUUGGUGGGCAAGUGCCAACACUAUAUGUGUAGUCAGAGGCAACCAGUACAGACCUGAUGUAGGUGUGUGGUUUCGACCCCCAACUCGUCAACAAAGAAGGAUGCCGAUCGUUUAUCCAUGUCCACCUCCAAAUGUUUGGGUCGAGCAAAAUACGACUGGCAUUGAAUUUGUGGCAAUAGGUCUUUCUUCUGGACUAAACCCUUUUCCCCCUAAACCUGAAACUGAAAUGAUGGUUCAUGCAACUAGUCAACUUACACGACCUACCAGAGCACCAUAUGCAUGUCAUUGGGAUUUAAAUCAUAAUGAGAUAUGGUACAAAAUGGAUUGGAACCAAUUUAUUAUCCUUAGAUGUGGUCUAACGAUAAGCUUUGACGUUGUGCUUAAAGAGUUAUAG